UACAGAAAUAAAAACACCGGAAGCAUAACAGACGGCAUUCUUGGUCACAUAUUAAUUCCCAAAUCAUAGAGUUCUAAAUCCAAAACUUUUAACUAUUAAUGUAUGUUAAUAAUAUUUAUAUAUUAAGUUUUACCAGACAUUCCUUUAUUGAUAUAAAUAGUUAUUAUUCUGUCAUGAUUGCUUACUGUAAUUGAAGUGGAACACGCAAAGCUUCUUGGUCUAGUUUUGUUAAAUGUAUUUUGUCAUUCUUCUCUCCAAACCUGCCAGAUAAUUUGAGCUAUCUAAGUCUCAUAAGAGAACAUUUUAGUUCUUUUCCUCUCUUACCAGCAGAAACAAAUAUAAUGGGUGAUGAUGCUCCAAUAAUCUAUGGCUUGGAAUUUCAAGCACGAACAUUAAGCGCUCAAUGUGCAGAGAGUGAUAUAAUUCGAUUUUUUGUUGGCACUCAAUCACUCAAAUUUGAUAAUCAAAUUCAUCAGUUAGAAUUUGAAGAAGAAAAUAAUAGCCUAGUCAAAACCGUUUAUCUUCACAGUGCUGGAGAAAUUUGGCAUAUAAGCACUUCACCUAGUGAUCCAAAUUUAUUAUCAACAUGUUACAAUCAGAUUACUCCUGAUGGAAAAUGUGAAAUGCAUGGAGCAUUGUGGAAAUUACCUCCUAUUUCAAAAUCAUACAGUGGUGAUGAUUCUUCCUCUUAUCCUCCGUUAGAAUUUGUUGCAAGUUUAGAUUCUAGUGAUUGUAUGGGAGAAUUAAAAAGCAUAUUAUGGGAACCUACAAGUGGUAAACGUAUUUUAACCUUAAAUGAUAAUUCUUUUCAUUUAUGGGAUGCUAAUGACUCCGUUCCUAUUCAAGUAUCUCACAUGACUUCUGAGCAGAAAGGACGUCAAAAAUUCAAUUCUGGUGCUUGGAAUCCUCAUCACAAUUGCAACAUAGUUGGAGUCGCUGUUGAUACGUCUAUAAAAAGUUGGGAUUUAAGAUCAAUGCAAAGCUCGUGGAUGGUCGAUAAUGCUCAUGGUCAGCUUGUGCGUUCCAUUGAUUUCAACCCGAAUAAGCAGUAUUAUAUCGCAAGUUGUGGAGAUGAUUGUAAAACAAAGUUUUGGGAUGUUCGAAACACCCGAGAAGCUCUCCUAGUUUUGUCGAACCACUCGCAUUGGGUUUGGUGUGUAAGGUACAACAGUUUCCACGAUCAGCUGGUUUUGACAUCAAGCAGUGAUUCUAGAGUGAUUCUUUCAAGAGCAGCAUCAGUAUCUUCCGAACCAUUUGGACAUUUGUUGGAUGAAGAUAAUCAUGGUGAUGAUGAAAAUGGAAAGAUUUCAGAGAAACAGGUUUCAGAUGGUGUAAUAUCUAUAUAUGAAGAGCAUGAAGAUAGUGUGUAUGCUGUGGAGUGGUCUAGUGCAGAUCCUUGGUUGUUUGCUUCACUUAGUUACGAUGGUCGUCUUAUAAUUAACAAGGUUCCACGUGCUGAGAAAUAUCGAAUUCUUUUAUAAAUAAGUGCUUUAAAUUUUGUAUGUUAUUUAACUUUACGUUAAGAAAAGAUGUAUAUUUAUGGAAAUAAAAUUAUAUUUAUUA